AUGGUAGCCGCUAAUCGCGAACUUUCGACCCCGCACAGGAAGCAAUGGCGCCGUGACCAUCCUUUUGGCUUCUAUGCGAAACCCAACCGCAACGCCCAGGGUGUUCUGGACUUGAAAAAAUGGGAGUGCGGUAUUCCGGGAAAGAAGGAUACGAUCUGGGAGGGUGGAAUGUUCAAGCUGGAUGUCAUUUUCCCCGAUGGCAAAUUCAACCCUCCACUUUUUCACCCUAACGUCUAUCCCUCCGGCACUGUCUGUCUUUCGAUUCUCAACGAGGAAGAGGCCUGGAGACCCGCCAUCACGAUCAAGCAAAUUUUGAUCGGUAUUCAAGAGCUCCUCAACGACCCCAACCCCGAAUCGCCGGCGCAGGCCGAAGCCUACAACAUGUUCAGACGGGACCGGGCGGCGUAUGAAAGCAAAGUGAAGCAGAUCGUGAAGGAGAACCCUGGGCAUUGA